UAUGGUUUGAGAAGGAGGGGUUGUGGAAGCACGGCUCGCUUGAGUGAAUGUCCAUCGGUGAUACAAUUCGCCGUUGCUCUCGGGCUAGUUCCAGCUCCCGUUACCAACACCAUUGCGCAUUGGUACAGAUAGCAACAGACUGCACCAUCGCGCCAAGAUGCUACUGUCAAGACUUCUACUGCUACCAUUUGCGGUCGCAUCAUCGGUCACGCUUUACGUCUCCUCUGUCCCAGCCUCAGGGGACAGCGCCGUCAUCCCCUCGCCGAUUCCGCUUGCGCAGAUCGAAUACGAUGCAGACCAACCCGUUGGCACUCUAGCCUCCUUCACACCGCCCACAGGUUCCUACGCCUCUGACCACCUUCUUCGCGUUGGUCUCACCGAUCCUAAAUCUGGCUCGUGGCGAGGCAUUGUCACGUCAGCGGCCAGUUUCUCCGACCAAUACCACAAGAAGUUCAUCAUUCACGUUGAUGAGAAGGGGGAGCCUUUCCAUAUUGGAUUCGGAACGAGCGCGAAAGGCAGCGGAGAUGAAGUUGAGGUGGAGAUAAAGAAGAGGAAUGUUGGGCCAAAGCCGGUUUUGAACAAGCCCAUCGUGCUCAAUGCGGAGGGGAAGCUCGACGGAAAAGAGCCGGAGAAGACCUUCUUGCAAAAAUACUGGUGGGCCAUCGCUCUCUUUAUGGUAGUGCAGUUGGUUGCAGGUGGUGGAGGAGAGAAAUAAGAUACAGGUGGUUAAAAGCCUCCCUGAUCCCGUUUCAAUACCAAACUCAGUACCAACCAUCCAUUGCCGUUUCUGCUUCCUUUCGGGUUCACGAUGCAGGUAUCGUAUUCUCAGCCAUCUCAAAUCAAUCAUGUGCAUAAGUGAACAACAACAAG